AUGAUUGAAGUACACUCAGGAGUUUGUGCACCCCAUAUGAAUGGAUAUGUUCUAGCUAAGAAGAUACUUCGAGCAGGAUAUUAUUGGCUCACCAUGGAGCGGGAUUCCAUACGAUUUGUUCGUAAAUGUCAUGAAUGUCACAUACAUAGUGAUUUGAUACAUUCUCCCCCAUCUGAGUUGCAUGCAAUGUCCGCUCCAUGGCCUUUCGUGGCAUGGGGAAUGGAUGUGAUUGGACCGAUAGAACCAAAAGCAUCGAAUGGUCACAGGUUCAUCUUGGUGGUUAUUGAUUAUUUUACAAAGUGGGUGGAAGCAGUAACAUUCAAGUCACUGACCAAGAAGGUCGUGGUGGAUUUCAUCCAUUUCAACAUCAUCUGUCGGUUUGGUAUUCCAAAGGUGAUUAUAACUGACAACGCCGCAAAUCCCAACAGCCGCUUAAUGCAAGAGGUAUGCUACCAAUUUAAGAUUGAGCAUCGAAAUUCGACUCUGUAUCGCCCAAAGGCAAACUGGGCUGUAGAAGCUACUAACAAAAAUAUAAAAAAGAUACUUCGUAAGAUGGUGCAAAGUUCUCAACAAUGGCAUGAAAAGUUGCCUUUUGCUUUGUUGGGUUAUCGCACUACAGUCCGUACGUCAGUGGGCGCUACCCCAUAUUCACUGUUAAGAGCCAUGAAUGUUUGUUUUACACCUGAUUCAAAUGGUUCAAUUAUUGCUAAUUUGCAAGUAAAGCCAGUAUUACUUGAACAGAACAUGUUAUGCGUCUCUAAUGAUGACAAAUUGAGGAGAGAAAUAUUGAAUGAAGCACAUACUUCACCAUAUGCAAUGCAUCCUGGAGCAAGUAAAGGCAGAACAUCAAGUCCCAGUUGGUUUACUACAGCCCUUGUCGAUGCCAGAAAUCAUGACGCAAUGAGCAAUAUGGGUAAUUGUGGACAGGCUAAUGAGAGUGCCCACUUCAUAGCAAUCAGGAUGGAUUACGCACUUGAGCGUUUCGCUAAGUUGUACAUUAAUGAGAUUAUUAUGAGAGUUGGACAAAAAGGAAAACUUAGUCCCGGAUAUAUUGGACCUUAUGACAUACUCGAAAGAGUUAGCCCAGUUGCAUAUAAAUUGGCUUUGCCACCUGAUUUAGACAAGAUCCACAGUGUCUUCCAUGUUUCUAUGCUCAAAAGGUAUCGUUCUGAUCUAUCUCAUGUUCUUCUAGUUGAGCCUAUUGAGGUUAAUCUUGACUUAACAUAUAAUGAAGAACCUAUGAUAAUUCAAGCCCAAGAAGUAAAACAACUUAUAAACAAGAGAAUUCACUAA